AAUUGGCAGAAUCCUGGCAAAACGCAUGGUCUUACAAUGCCUGCCUUGUGAAGACAAAAGGAUCCUAAAAAUUGACUCAAACGGUGAGCCACCAAAACUGAAGUGCAAUCUGCGGAAGCAUAAGCCGAACAGGAAACCCAGGACACCUUUUACGACGCAGCAACUUCUUGCGUUAGAAAAGAAGUUUAGGGAUAAACAGUAUCUUAGUAUAGCGGAAAGGGCAGAGUUUUCUAGUUCUUUGAGGUUAACAGAAACGCAAGUAAAAAUUUGGUUCCAGAAUCGCCGCGCCAAAGCGAAACGCCUCCAGGAAGCCGAGCUUGAAAAGCUGAAAAUGGCGUCACUAUCCCGUCACCCGCACGCGUUAUACCCCCACCCCGCCCUCCAAGGCUACUUCCCCUCAGCACAUCCCCUCGCCUCCCUUUUAGCAGGUAGACAUCCAGUAGGUCCUCCUCUUAGCCUGAUGCCGCAACCGCAACAUCUGGCGGCUGCGCAUCCGCCUCCGCAGCAUCUGGCAACACCGCCUGGACCCCCACCGCAACAUCUGGCAACGCCGCCCGGCAGUACUGCGCAAACGCACACGGCAGUCGGGUCGCCGAGUCCGCGGAUGACGUAGGUGUGUUGACAGACGUGAAGUGAUGAAGUGAAAUAUUGUUCAAGAAGUUGUAGGAUGCUAGUCUGGUUCUGAAUUCUACCCGAUUCAUUGUUUAAUUCGCAUCGUACAAAAGAGACUACAUUUUCUGACAUGAGGCAAUGUGGCAAUAUUGUAUGCAUCGCAUAAGUGCUGGGUUGCCAAGUGUAUUGAUUUCAUCAGUUAACAUACUGAUCUGCUAUGUGUACUGUUGAAAGUUUGUAUGCCUUGAGUUUUUUUACGAAUGAUUUGAAUCAGUAAAAUAGAAACCAGAGUUCUUUGAGAAGAUCUAUAAUUAUAUUACAAUAAAUAAUUAUUUUGAUUUUGUAUAAUUGUAUAGACAAAUCAAAACAUCUGGCAACUAAGUGCAAGUUAGAAUUAAGAAUGAGAAGUAAACUGGAAGUGUUUUAAACUUUUAGAACUAAAACCAUAAAAUUUAUGUUUCGCUCUUAUUACCAAAGAGAACUCACCAGUGUCGGAUCCAGGAGAGUCCUAGCGGUCUGGACCGGACCCCCUCCCGAAACAUCAGAAUAAAAUUUUUUUAACCUGUUCUUCAAUUUGCAGACGACCCCGCCCCUCGGUCGUAAAUUCAAAUCCAACUAAGAGAAUUUUUGUCACAGCUGUAUCUCUAUUUACUAUACUCGUAUUACUUUGAAAAGUGUCUUGUAGAUGGCGCUGUAACUACCUAUAUAGACAGCGCCAUCUAUGAGACCCUAUCUUUUCAGUGCAAAUAGUAAAUAGCAUUAGGCUGGCCAUCAUCAGGUCAAUAAUGCAUCCACUGAUCUGCAUGUCAGCUGUAGAAAUUAUAGUUCAAAAUCAAUGUAUUAGGUGCCUGAGGACAUAUCCAAAGUUUUGAUAUAAUUAUGCUACAGUGUUUUACUAUUGCAAGGACUAAAGACAAACAACCUAAAAUAAAGUUCGUCUGAUAAAAUUAACAUGUGACAAUGUCUCGAUUACAUUUUAUUCCCCAUUUGAUUUUUUUUCUCCUAUGUUGGGUAACUAGGCCGUUCGCCUCCAGAAUUAUGAGUAUUAAUAUGGACAUUUACUUUGCUUUAAUUAUAAAUAUAUUUCUCUUAAAAC